UAUUACCGCCACGAAGAAAUCAGGCAAACGGUGUGGCGGUAUCGGUGUGAAAGGAAGAACUUGUUGCAACAGAAAGCAAGGACUCGGGAGGGUCGAGGUUUAAAGUGUGCGUGCCUCUACAAUGAUUCGUAUGAUGGUAUUGUGGAAGAGGGGAUACCUUGCGUUCCACGAAUACUAAACUCUGCUCUCUUAUACCAGAAGACGAAGCAAGUGGUUGGGACGCAGUCAGUGAUUACGCGGUCGCGUGCUCGAAUCCUUCUGUACCAACUUGACGUAUUCGUUGCUUUUAAUCUUUUUAUCGAGGAUGAGCAUAAAUUGGAGAACCAUUUUCGUGACCGGCGGUGCCGGUUACAUCGGUAGCCAUUGCAUCGUUGAACUUUUGGAAAGUGGAUAUGAUGUUGUAGCGAUAGAUAAUUUUGCUAAUAGCGUUACCGAGGGUUGUGGUGACUCUGCGGCUCUUAAAAGAGUUGAGCAAAUAACGGGGAAGAAAGUUACUUUCUACAAUUGCGAUCUUAUUGACCGAGAUAAACUGGAAGCAGUUUUCAAUAAGCACAAAAUUGAUUGCGUGAUCCAUUUUGCGGCAAUAAAGGCGGUCGGUGAAUCGAUGCAAGUUCCUCUCCACUACUAUCGGAAUAAUAUUAUUGGUGCUAUCAAUUUGUUAGAGGUAAUGAAAGUUGCUGGAUGCUUUCAAUUAGUUUUCAGCAGUUCUUGUACCGUGUACGGAGAGCCGAAUGAACUUCCAAUUACAGAGGAUCAUCCUACUGGUAAUAUUACGAACGUAUAUGGCAGAACAAAGUAUUUCAUUGAAGAGAUGCUUAAAGAUAUAUCUAGAGCCGAGAAGAAUUGGAAUAUCAUAUCUCUAAGGUACUUCAAUCCAGUAGGUGCUCAUCCCAGUGGCUUGAUUGGAGAGGAUCCUACGAAACCGUUUACGAAUUUAAUGCCUUACAUUGCUCAGGUAGCCUUAAGGCAUAAGCCUGAACUUGUUAUAUUUGGCGGCGAUUAUCCUACUAAAGAUGGUACAGGUAUACGUGAUUAUAUUCACGUAAUGGACUUGGCGGCUGGUCAUGUUGCAGCGCUAAACGCAUUACACAAACGACACCUAAGGUUAAAAAUCUACAAUUUAGGUACCGGCAAUGGUGUGUCUGUACUCGAAUUAAUUAAAACUUUCGAGAAUGUCACAGGGACGACGGUGCCAUAUGUUUUAAAGGAUAGGAGAGAUGGUGAUAUAGUGUCAACGUAUGCCAACACAGAUUUGGCAGAGAAAGAAUUAGAAUGGAGGACCAAGUAUAAUGUUGAACAGAUGUGUGAAGACUUUUGGAGGUGGCAAACAAAGAAUCCACAUGGCUAUCGUACAACAGUUAAAAAUGGUAUUAGUGAGCAUGUAAAUGGCACAUCAUAAUGAUAUAAUUGAAAUGUUGUAUAAUGAUUAAUUUAUGAUAAUAAUAAAAAAGAACAGUAACAUCGAAA